CUGGCUGAAGAUGUCUUCAGAGCCAGGGUCAGAUGCCAAUGCCGACAGGAGAGGCCUAAAGAAGCCGUGUUCAUUCAGCAUCGAGGACAUCCUCUCCAGCCCGGCAGAGAAGAGCCCCCAGGUCCUGGUCCCGCUGUGCUUCCGGACCAUCUUGGACUGCGCACCCAAGGGGCUGUGUGAGCUGGAGACCAUCCCAGCCAGCUCCCUGCAGGAGGAGGAGGAGGAGGAAGAAGAGGAAGAGCUGGAAGGGACAGGCUGCAACUGCUGCUGCUGUUCUCACACGAGCACCCGUUCCCUGCAAGACUCCUCGAGUUGGCUGGACACCCGAUUCCCCUGGCCCAUGCGGCUCUUCCACUCGGCAGUCAGGGUCUGUAAGAGUCCCCAGGGGAAUCCGGCCGAGCUGCAGACUUGCCACCAGGUCCAGCGCCGGACGCGCCGGCACCGCACCAUAUUCACUGAGGAGCAGCUGCAGGCCCUGGAGACGCUUUUCCAUCAGAACCAGUACCCGGAUGUCAUCACCCGCGAGCAGCUGGCAAACCGCAUUCACCUGAAGGAGGAGAGGGUAGAGGUUUGGUUUAAAAACCGCCGGGCCAAGUGGCGGCAUCAGAAGAGGGCGUCCGCCUCAGCACUGAUCCUUCAAGGCACCAAGAAGUCCCCCGAGGAGAGCUGUUAGUGGUCACCGGCUGCAUCUCAGCAGCUGAAUGCCCCGAGCACCCAUUUCCCAUAGCUAAUAGGUUCUGUAGGGGGGGUGACCCGAGAGGGACAAAUGAAGCAAAAGGGAAUCUGUGAUUCCCAGAGGAUGAGGACAGGUAAAAGCACAUCCCAGUUUCUCUCCCAAACCUAGUUCACGUGGCACGUAACUCGUCAGGCAUGACCCUCAUGCUCGAGCAGAAACCACUGCCAAAGCCCGUUUAGGCGACAGAGCUAUGCCAGUGGUCACUGUGUGUGCUUCCAGAGGACGGGAGACUCCCCUUCUUGUCUUUGCUCCGUGCAGGUAGUAUUUGUGCUUGUUUUACUCCUGUAGAUGUGCAACACAUCCUGCGAAUGAAUGUUUCCCAUACCAGCA